AUGUCCUUCUUGAGGAAUUACUUCGGCACCUCUGCUCCGGCAGCACCUGCUCCAGAGGAGGGCAACACUCCUGUUCGAGCUCUCCCUGCCACUUGGUACACCUCUCAAGCCAUGUACGAGCUGGAGCAGCGCUCCAUCUUCGGCCGCAAGUGGCUCCUCACUACCCACUCGGCUCGCGUCCCCAACCCAGGUGACUGUGUGAAGUAUGACGCUGCCGGCUACGAGUUCCUCGUGGCCCGCGAUAUGGAAGGCAAGGUCGGCACAUACCACGCCAGUGAUCUUCUCCCCGCCCACACCCACAUUGACCGCAACGGCUUCGUGUGGGUCAACAUGGAUGCAGGCGAAACCCCCGAAGUCGCCUGGAAGGACGACUUCGAGGGCGUGGACGAGCAGCCCCGAUUUCAGUACUACAACUUCGAUGAGUACAACUUCGACCACACCUGGGAUAUGGAGGGAGACUUCAACUGGAAGAUUCUCGCCGACAACUACAACGAGUGCUACCACUGUCUCGUUGCUCACCCCGACAUCCCCACCAUCGCCGAUCUGAACUCCUACUACGUCAAGACCAAGGACGGCCACAUCCAGCACUACGGUGCCGCCCGACAGGACCAGAUUGACAAGGGAUUCCGCAUCGCAACCACCUACUUCUGGCCCAACGCCUCCUUCAAUAUCUCCCCCAACUUCUUCUUCAUGCAGCGCUUCACUCCCGUCAGCCCUACGAAAUCCGUCAUGCGCUACGAGGUCUACCGCCACAAGGACGCAACAGACGAAGCCUUCAACCUCAUCAGCGACAUGUACAAGCGCAUCAUGUCCGAAGACAAAGUCCUCUGCAUGCUCUCUCAGAAGAACCUCGACGCAGGCGUCUUCGUCAACGGCCAGCUCCACCCAAAGAUGGAGCUCGGCCCCCUCCACUUCCAGAAGACGGUCCGCGAUGUCGUCGUCGAGCACCACGAGAAGGAGGAGCAGGCUGGCCACAAGAUCUGGCCUGCUCACCGACGCGCCGUCGAGGCUCCUGCCAUCGAUGAGAAAGCUACUUCCACUGUGCAGGAAGUUGCUGCCGAUGACUUCUCGUUCCGCACUGGUGCGGAUGGUUACACUGAGGCUGAUUACUCCAUGAACAGUGGAUUUGCGCCUGCUAUCGUUGUCUAG